UUUGCAUACCAGUUACAAAUUUUGGUGCCGUGUGCAUACCACGUGUAAAAGAUUGGGAAAAUUGUUGCAUUUCUCUCGAAAUCUUCAUUUCGACUCUUAUUUGAUUGGGAAAUCUCCAGCAAAGGCGGAGACAGGAGGAGGAGAGAUGAGUGAUGGUAGGAGAGAUAUAGAGUGUUAUAAUUGUGGACGUCAGGGCCAUAUUUCGCGUGACUGCAGAUCUGGCGGCGGCGGCGGAGGUGGUGGUAGUAGAGGACGAGGUGGUGGACGCGGUGGUGGAAGAGGUGGCGGUGGACGGGGCCGGGGUCGUCCAGAUGGUUGUUACAACUGUGGUAAAAGUGGCCAUUUAGCUCGUGACUGUCAGGAGCCACGUCAAGACGGUGGUGGCGGUGGAGGAAGAACCUGCUACACCUGUGGAGAAACUGGCCACUUCUCCCGAGAAUGUCCCCAAGGUGGCGGCGGCGGUGGCGGAGGUGGUAGAAGUGGAGGUGACGAUCGUACCUGCUACAAGUGUGGAAAACCUGGCCAUAUAGCCAGAGAUUGCUCUGAAAGUGGUGGCAACACUUGGGGUGGAAGAGAUGGUGGUAGCCAAGGCAAUUGCUACAGGUACUUUCUGAAUUUUAUUGCACACAUGUUCGCUACUCUCCUAAUAUGUGCAUAUUGA